ACCCAAAAUGUUUUCAACAUAGACUUGUAUUCUAACCAUGGCUUUGGUGUUUUCAGCUGUGGGAUUGGGAUCUUGGUGCUUCCACAUGACCCUGAAGUAUGAAAUGCAACUGUUGGAUGAACUGCCAAUGAUAUACAGUUGUUGUGUGUUUGUCUACUGCCUGUACGAAUGUUUCAAGUACAAGAACACAGUCAAUUAUCCAAUGCUUUUCAUUUUAAUAACAUACAGCUUCAUAGUCAGCAUAGUUUACUUAAAAUUGAAACAGCCUGUGUUCCAUCAGAUCAUGUAUGGAACACUAGUUUCUGUUAUAGUUCUACGAUCUGUUUAUAUAGUAUUAUGGUAAGUGUUAUUACAUACUACUUGUAACUCAACAUUGUAAGGUA